CGCUGUCGGACACGUGUAAGUGUCAAGUGACAACUGCCAAAACUGACAUGUCUACCGACACAAAAAAAUGCACGGCAUACAAAACAGAACUGAAUUGCCUUUGGAGCGCCAUGGGCACUGCGUGUGACAGUACAACGACUAAGAUUGACACCGUCAAGGCUUCUGAAAAAGCAGUCACUGGUGUUACUGGAUGCACACUGUCGGAAACAUGUAAGUGUCAGGUGACCGCUGCCAAAACUGACAUGACUACCGACACCAAGAAAUGCACCGAACUGAAGAAGGAACUGGACUGUUUAGUAAAAUCAUCCAGUGUUGGUUGCGAUGACAAAACAACAAGUACAGUGAUAGCUACAACUGCCAACACUGCCUUGACAAAACUGACUUCAUGCACGGUUUCCAAAACGU